AUGCUCAUCGCCGAUGUACGUCUUGCACGAACCCCAUUUUCCUUUGCACUACCUCCCGUUUCCCUUGCGCUACCCCCGUUUUCCCUUGCGUUACACCCAGUUUUCCUUGCCCUACCCCCUUCUCCGUUGCCCUACCCCCUUCUCCCUUGCCCUACCCCCUUCUCCCUUGCGCUACCCCCUUCUCCCUUGCCCUACCCCCUUCUCCCUUGCCCUACCCCCUUCUCCCUUGCCCUACCCCCUUCUCCCUUGCGCUACCCCCUUCUCCCUUGCGCUACCCCCUUCUCCCUUGCCCUACCCCCUUCUCCCUUGCGCUACCCCCUUCUCCCUUGCGCUACCCCCUUCUCCCUUGCGCUACCCCCUUCUCCCUUGCGCUACCCCCUUCUCCCUUGCGCUACCCCCUUCUCCCUUGCCCUACCCCCUUCUCCCUUGCCCUACUCCCUUCUCCCUUGCGCUACCCCCUUCUCCCUUGCGCUACCCCCUUCUCCCUUGCGCUACCCGCUUUUGAAUGCGUGCCCCCAUGCUUCCCCUGCCCAAUUCGCUGCCUCGCAGCAAAACGUGUCCACAGUGGGGCGGAAGUACAAGUCGAAGGUGUGCCUGCCCGAUGCAGUGCGCCCAUCCAAUUUGGCCCCUCCUUUUGUCUUGCUCUUUCCUUUCGUCCUGCCGUCCCGCCGUUUUCUCCCCCAUCCCCCCUCCCCCUUCAUCCUGCAGGCCUCCCAGACGUGUGGGGUUCGUUUUAAGGUGUGGGCGCCCCGCGCAGUGCGCCAAUGCAGUUCGCCCCCUCCCCUUGUCUGUUUCCAUCCGGUUCUGCCUGACCUCCCCCGGUUCUGCCUGACCUUCCCCGCUUCUGCCUGUCCCCGGUGCGUGCAGGGUUCACAGCAGCACCUAUCCACGGUGGGCUUCAAGGGUUCACAGCAGCACCUGUUCACGGUGGGGUCGAAGGUGUGGGUGCCGGAUGCCGCGGAUGCGUGGGAGGAGGGCGAGGUGGUGGCGAGGGACCGCGGGAGCUCCCAGCUCACUGUGGCGCUCGGCACAGGCGGCAAGGGCCAGGCGAGUACGACACAAGGCAUAGGAGGGGCCGGGGAACAGGGGAAUGUGGGGGGGAGGGGAGGGGGAGCAGUAGCUGUACGGAACGGAGGGGGCCACAGCUCACUGUGGUGCUGGGUGGACGCUUCAAGGGCCAGGCAGCAUAACAACAGAACAGAUGGUUACAACACUACUCGACCAUUCCCACUACUACCGUACCGUCCACUACUCUUUACUUUACACCUCCUACCCUAUCCUAUCCUUCCCUAUCUCUCUCUCCUCCUCCAACCUGUAACCUUCUCUCUUCUCUACUCAUCCUCCUCCUCCUCCUCCUCCUCCUCCUCCUCCUCCUCCUCCUCCUCCUCCUCCUCCUCCUCCUCCUCCUCCUCCUCAUCCUCAUCCGCCUCCUCCUCUUCCUCCCCACUAGACCCGUCACUAAUGUCCCAAGGAUCCGCGCCAUUUCGAGCCUUGCGCGCGUUGUGCGACGUCUCCCCCACGGGCCUGGAUCACCGCUUCCGCCCCAAGCCUUACCUCGGGAUCGUUCUUCACCUCUUUGCCGUACUGAUUGUGCGGGUUCAGAAGCCACCCCAUAGCAUGGAGUGGAUUGUGGAGCUGGGCGUCCCACCUCCUUGCUAUGAUAGCCUUGAUGGCGGCCAGAAAGGCCGGCUUGUCUUUGGCCGGCAAGAGAGCGGUGCGUUUCAUCAUCAUUUUGGCUGCCCAUGGGGAGAACCGGAGAGCAUGAGGUGA